GCCUCUCCGGUAUAAAACCAGGAGAUGGCGACAGGGCGGCGGCAGCAGUCAGAAGAACCCCAGAAGAAGAACCGCUGAUCCGAACCUCCCGGUGAAGAACCGAUUCCUCUUCCUCGGACCUCCGUCGGCCUCAUCAUGCCUCCUGCCGCGGACCUGGGCCGGGCUCUGUGCGUCAUCACCGGGGCCUCCAGAGGCUUCGGCCGGGCCGUGGCCCUGGACCUGUGCCGGCUGGUUCAGCCCGGUUCGGCGCUGGUUCUGGUGGCCCGCUCCGGGGCCGACCUGCGGGCCGUCCAGGCCGAGCUGACCGAGUCCGAGGCGGGCCGAGCCGGCCUGAAGGUGGAGGUGGUGGCGGCGGAUGUAGGGAAGGUGGAGAGUCUGGAGAACAUCAUGAGAACCAGCAGAGAAAUUUUUAACGACGAGAUGGAGAAAAUUAUACUGAUUAAUAACGCAGCCUCUCUGGGCGACGUCUCCAAGUUCGUGAAGGGAUUCACGGACAUGGCCGAGGUGGACGCCUACCUGUCGCUGAACGUCAGCUCCGCCAUGUGCCUGACGGCGCGGCUGCUGCAGGCCUUCCCGCCACACGCCGGGCUGCGGCGCUGCGUCAUCAACGUGUCAUCACUCUGCGCCCUGCAGCCGUUCCGCUCCUGGAGCCUUUACUGCACCGGCAAGGCGGCGAGAGACAUGAUGUUCAAGGUCCUGGCCGAAGAGGAGCCGGAGCUGCGCGUGCUCAGCUACUCUCCAGGACCGCUGGACACUGAGAUGCAGGUGGAGGCCCGGACCAGGACGGCCGACCCGAGCAUCAAGAAGACGUUCUCCAACAUGUUCGCUCAGGGUCAGCUGCUGACCUGCGAGGCGUCUUCAGCCAAACUGAUGAAGCUGCUGCUGGAGGACAAGUUCACCUCCGGAGAACACGUCGACGUCUUCGACGUGUAGCAGCCGCUCACUGCCAAGUCGUUUUAUUGUAGCGUCGAUGUUGUGAUGAAACUUUAUAAUUGAUGUAUCUUAAUCUGUCACCGUGGAAACGUCCCAACCUGCAGAUUAGCUGCUGCUCCUUCAGAUUAGCUGUUGCCAGACGUUGGUCACGUCUGACCAGAGGGAGACGGUUCUCCAGUUCUUCAUUUUCAAGUUCAGAACCGCUAAACCGUUCAGAAUCAGUGACUUAGCAAUCGGCAUUGGUAAAUCAGAAUGAGAGAACUGACUAGCGUUAGCUUUGGAGAGGCUAGUGACUAGCAUACCAGAGCUGAUCACCUACUAGCCUACCUCCUGUCUCUGCUGCACAUUAGCCUUGGAUUGGAUAGGAUAGCCUGUUCAAUGCUAACCCAAGCCUAGCUAAGGCUCUGCCUAUGCAAUGCUAGUCCUAGCCAUGCUAAUUUACAGCAGAAGAAGGAGGCUACCCACUAAGUGUCCAUCCUAGAUAUGCUAGUCGUUAGCCUCUCCAAAGCUAACACUAGCUAGUACUCUCCAGAGACGAUUGAUCAGUUCCAGAUGUCCGCCGAUCAAUCAGAUCAGAAACUGGAUCCAGAAUAGAAGUAGCCUCGUGCUACAAGGAAGUAGCUGCUGCUGGGUCACAACGGUCUUAAAUUUGGCACUAAUGUCUCGCCUUAGAAGUAGAUGUGAUAAAACUAGAAGAAAACUCAGAACCUGGAACCUGAAGAACUUUCUUAAAGCUACAGAGAAACUUUUAAAGGUUUUUUUGGAUCACAGAUGAAACAAACUGAGGAACCAGAGCGGAUUGGAAACAUGAGAGGUUCUGUUCUGUUCUGAUUCUGGACCAGACGCUGCAGUGGAGUCAGAAUGAGGGACUUUAUGUUGGACGGCGUCCAGAUCAAACAGAACCUCGUUAAAGUUUAAGCGAGUCCAAACAGAGCAGCUUGGACUAUAGGUUCAACAGGCUGCAGACGCUCCGCCAUGUUGGUUCUCUGGUUCUGGACGGGUUUUGGUUUCCUGCUGACUCAGCUGGUUUUUGUGAAACAUGAACAGUGAAGCUGGAGUUCAGUCUUUAGUAGAAUUUCUGCUGCAGCAUCAGAAACACGACGUGUUUGGGGUUAAAGGUUAAAGGUCAGGUUAGAGGUUUGACCUGUAUGUCAGUGUUUUCAUUGUUGAAACUUUUCUCUGGAACCAGUUUGAUGAAAUGUUGUUUCCUCGUCGCCACUGGAGAUAAAAUGGAUCAAAGUUUUCCUGUUUUAGUAAAAACAUUCCAUGUUUAUGGUGCCUUAAAAAGGUCAGAGGUCAGGGAACCUUCCAGAGUUUAAAUAUUAAUGAACUGAUCUGAUAAAUACUGAAGCCAUGAAACAGUGAAGCUAUUGGAGGAUAAUAAUAAUAAUAAUAAUAAUUAUUAACAUUUCUGAAUGUUUUCUCGCCUGACAGACUCUCAGUUUAUUUUUCUAAGAUGGUUUUGGAAAUUGUUUCUUUUGCCCUGAUUAUAGAAAGUUUAAAUAUUGUAAUGAAUCAUAUUUCACCAGAAUGAGGCCUGUC